AUGAUUAGCACCGAAGAAAGUACGCAGCAGCUGCUGAGAAAAUUCAACGAGAUUGAGGAGCAACCGCCAAAAGCACUUUGCAGUCAAGACGAGCAAAUCGCUGCCACCUGGUAUACGAAUAGAACUAAACAGGAUUCAAUGGGGAAGUAUGUUCUGCGACUCCCAUUCAAAGAGGAAGCGCAACCAGCUCUCAAGCGGCGAGAUUCAGCUGCGAAUGAUGAGUUAUGCCAACAAUACACGGCAUUCAUGAAGAAGUACCUCAGGUUGAGUCAUAUGAGGUUCCCGAGGAGGAUAUCCGUUCGAUACGCAAAGAGCACAACGACUAAGCUUAGAGUAGUGUUCAACGCAUCACAAACGACCCCCACGGGCAAAUCGCUCAACGAUCUGUAUGUGAUCGCCGCAGACAUUGAGAAGAUGUAUCGACAAAUCGGUAUCUACGAGAAGGAUCAAGAUUUUCAACCCAUUUUAUGGAGAAAUCAUCCGUCCGAAACACUAAAACAUUACAAAUUAACAACUGCGACUUAUGAAAAAGAUAGUGCCUGUUACGAACGCUUGAAUUUUCCUAAAACAUAUCAAGUGUUGGAAGAAGGCUUUUAUGUUCACGAUCUUUCGUCCGGUGAUGCCACCAUCGAAGGAGUUAGUCAGCAGCAACAGAACCUUAUAACGAGUCCAUCCAGUGACCUCUAG